CUUCUCUCUGAAGCGGGCGAGCAAGGAGAGCUAGUGGGGACUAGCGCCGCUUCCAGAGGCUUCAGCCGUGGUGGUUUGCUGUGCUAAGGCUAGAAAUGUCGGAUUUACAGUCGCUCUCUGACCGGAGACCUGCUGGAUAUUUCGAUCAUGUGUGGGCCGGAGAGCUCACCCUUUUAAUUAUCUGACUCGUGAGCCGUUGCGCCAUUCCUUGAUUGUGUUUGCUUAUGCUGGAUAACAAGCAGAAGAAAUCAAUGAAGAUCAGAGAUCAGCCUGAUUUAAGAUCCGUGAUGAAAGCGUCAGCAUCGGAACACGCCUGAGAAGGGACAAGGAGGGUCCGCGCGCCGUUCCGCAGACGGUGGGUGACGAGUGAGUGGAGAGUGGGAUCCCGGCACGAGCAUUGAGCAGGACUCAGUUAUGUCGUACUAUAACCGAGAAUUAGUGGUGUACUUUAUUAAGUACAAACUCUCACAGAGGAACUAUCCUACUAAUCACAUCGAACUCAUGGAAGAAACAAAUCGAACUGAAGGGGGCCAGGAAGCGGAGGGGAAUGCAGAGGCGGCCGGGGUGACUCCCACCGCAGUCGUUAACGGGUCCGUAAAUGGGACGAGUCACGGUGCGGCAGGGUCGCCCACCUCGUCCCCCCAGAGAAGGGCCAACGGGGCUCGGGGGCUGGAUGCAGUGAAAGAGGCACUGCGGGACUCAGCCAACGAGUUUGAGCUGCGAUACUCUCGCGCCUUCAGCGACCUGUCCUCCCAGCUGCACAUCACGCCUGCUACUGCGUACCAGAGCUUUGAGAGCGUGAUGGACGAGGUGUUUCGCGAUGGCGUCAACUGGGGCCGCGUCGUAGGUUUGUUCGCUUUCGGCGGGGCUCUGUGUGUGGAGUGCGUGGAGAAGGAGAUGAGCCCCCUGGUGGGACGCAUCGCAGAGUGGAUGACCGUCUACUUGGACAACCACAUCCAGCCCUGGAUCCAGGAGCAAGGAGGAUGGGAACGCUUUGCAGAGAUCUUUGGGAACGACACAGCAGCAGAGAGCAGAAGGAUGCAGGAACGCUAUAAGAUGUGGCUGCUGGUGGGGAUGACCCUGUUCACAGGAAUUGUGGUGGGCUCUCUCAUCGCUCAGAAGCGUCUGUAAGGGGGAAAAACGAGGAGGACUCACAGAAGAAACGGCCUCGGCCUCCUCUCAGUACAGACCACGGGCGAACACAAUGAAGGAACUUUAAACCCUCUUUAAAGUGUAAAGUUUAUGGUUUUCGUUUUGUUUUCUUUGCCAAGAAUUGUCAUGUUUACACCAUACUUCUCCCACGGUGCACUGUGGACUGCGCGAGUGGCCGAAGCACACUUUUGCAAAGAUGGCGGCACGUAGCAAGGAUUACUUUUACGUUAGUUCUGAAGAACUAGUCUAGCACAGAGAUGGCUUAUAAGUAAAGCAGCUAAGCUGAAUCAGUUCACAUACGUUCCUGACCCUUUUAAACUGGGCUAGAGGGACAUUUAUUCACAGCCCUGCACUACAGUUUAAAGGCUUCUUCUGCUCUCUCAGUCCUGAAGUUCAACACCUGACUGCAUCCUCAUACACAUUAUGGGGCUGUUAAAACAACACGAGGAUCCUUUAAACAUAUGGGUCACUUUCGCAAGCAAAAUCUGGGCUAGAUUUCCUUGUACAUGCGUAGACUAACUGUUGCAGUGAGUGGUCAAUGAAGAAUUCCUGUAGUUUAGUUACAGACUAAGCUUAAUUUGUGUUUGUCUGAAGGCCAGGUUUGGCCCACAGAAAGCUUGCUGAGUGAGAAGCGAAGCAUAAAGACUAAGCCUGAAGACAUUCAGAAGCUCUGUUGGAGCAUCUCAGUUUUUUGAAUGGACCAAGUGCUCCCUCACAUAUUAUGGGGGGAUGCUGUUCAGAUAUGGGUACAUGUUAAGUUAAGUAUGUUCGUUUUUUUGUUUGUUUUUUUUUAUUUUAAUGUUGCAUUAUAAAUCUUCAUUUUGUUGGAUGUAUGGUUAUCACCUAUAACUUUCUCUACACCAUUGGGAGUAUUGUAAGGAGAGGUAGGAUAGGUGCAUCAUUUGUGUUCAUUGUCACCUUACACUGCAUCAUACAUACAAAUAACGUUAGAAUAUCAGUUAACGGACAGAAAGAAUUAAGAUUAAAUCCAAAUGCCACACGAGUCCCUGGUGUUGUGUGUGUGUGUGUGAGUUCUGGAGACGUGUAUGUGAUGUUUGUUCUCAGAAAGCUUAGAACGUCAUCAGAGAGCAGGAUUUAGAUGUUAAUACAGCUUACAUAGUAAAAACUAUACAGUACUUGCUCAUAAUAAACUUACCUACCAUUCAUCUAUGGGUAGGGGUGUGAGUGUGCGUGUGCGUGUGCGUGUGUGUAGACGGGGAUGUUUCUAUUUUAAAUCUAUGUCCUCAUUCAAUAUCCAUAUAAAACACUGCAGCACAAAGCUGAACUCAGCUAACAUUGUCGUAGGGCUGUCGAUCUUAAAUUACUAAAUAUUUCUAACGUAGCCUAUAUAACGUAUGUUAUUUUUCCCCAUAUAAUUGACCAUUUACUGUGCAUUUUUUUACACAUAAACAUAGGUAACCAGUCCAUGCAGAGAUCAGGGUUCAUCAUUCCCAAGCCUUCAGAUAUACUCCUCUAUACAUUUGGUCCAUCGCUGGUAUUAUGUUUUAGGCCAUAGAGUACAGCUCUUUGAUUCCGGCCAUGGAAGGAUGGCGUCUUGGUCAAACACACCUGCUCAGUCCACUCAAUUUGUCUAAGUAAGAACUGUAUAAGAACUGACCAGCAAAAAGAACCAGUGAAAAAAUCUGCAUUUCCAGCUGUGACACUUAGGUGUUAGCCCAUGCACUGUCCACACACAUUCAGAUAUUUUUCUAAACUUGUAUCAACAUUUGGUUUACAAAAUCUGUAUAAAAAAUCGUACUAUUUGGUCACUAAAAACAGAGUUUUCCACGAAAUGGCCUCCAAAGUGAAGAUUACCUUUUGGAAAACGUUCUCAGUUGCGUUGCAAAAAAAAACCUAUAUAGUGAACUAAGUGGAGUAUAAAACUACAUCUACACACAGCACUAGAUUACUAGCUCUUUUAUUAUUUUUUGACUUGCAUAGUACACUACUUGGGAACUAGAAUGUUAAUUGGGCUUGGGAUUAGAUGAUCUCUCUUUAUGAUGUACUGUUGUACAUUUUUGUCUGUUUGUCAAAAACAGAGGAUAGAAAUAUAUAUUCAACCCUCUAUAGCGUGAUUUAUAUGUUGAGGAAAAAAGCAGUCCACUUUUUGAGAGCUUGGGGGUUGCUGUUGAUAUAUCAAUCAAAAACUUUAAGAACGACUGUUUUAUCGUGAUUGCUUUGUGACCUGAGGCAACAAAUAUAAAAGUCUAAGGAAAAAAAUUAAAACAUAGAAAUAGGCUUUAAACUUGGCUUUUUUUUAAACAUCAUCUUCUUCUUUUUACAUAUAACCAAUGAAGGGACUGUGUAAUAAUCAAAAAGGUGGUUUGUUGCCUGAGGGCAACACCACGCUAGAGAGGGUUAAAAAAAUCUGAAUAUGUGUGGACAGUGUUUUAUUGACAAACUAAGUACUGCACAUUUAAUUCAAUUCCCAUAUUCGAAGACCUGUGCUCUAGUGACAAUUUCUGUUUUAAAGACUACACAAUUAGAACAAAUAAACAAUCAACAAAAAUGAUUAUUAUACACUUUGAAGGUAGGAGAGGGACACAAACUGAUAUGGACACUGGUGGGGGUGAGACUUUCUUUCUAUCUUACUUUCUUUCAAGGUAAGCUAGAUAAGUUAACUGUUAAAAAACCUUAAUAUCACUUACAAUGAAUUAGUUAUUAAUUAUGAUUUCAGUCACAUUUCUGAGCUGCCCAAAUGUUCUUAUUUUAACAUGUUAGGGGAAAUUGGAUAAUAAGUAAAAUGAAGUUAAAUAAGGGUGUAAGGAAAUUUCUUGUGAAGAGAAGAGGCUGAGCUACAAAGCUAAGCUGCAAAAAUACUACAUAACAGGACAUAUAUGCUAGUUUUAGGCUGGACUGCACCUUUAAGUAGAUCUAUAAACAUAUAGAACACUCUUGAUAUGCGUGUUUUCCCCAUAGUCUCGUCUCAUACGACGUUAACAGACAGGUAGAGCAUUCAAAAGCCCUCAAACCUGUCACCUCCCAUCUUUCUGCCACCUCACCGUCUGUCUGUCUUUAACCGCCGCGUUAAACUGCUGUGUUUUGCUGUCAUGGCGGCUCUAUCUGCUCGUCACUCAGCGCUGCUCCCCCGCUCGCGUCAAACCGUGAAAAAUAAUUGGAAAGACGUGAAGAAACCGAGUUCUGGGCUUCAAAAUACGUUAAACGCAGUUGAGGCGCCAGGUUUUUAUCUGUUUAAGAGCCUGACGAGUGUUUUAUUAAAGCGUAAAAGAGCCAGGUGAAACUGGAAGCUAACAAGCUAAUGAAGGUUAAAAAAAUCUACAUAACGUUAUAUACAGCUCAGAAAAAAAUUGAGACCACUUUAGUUUUUGAAUGUUUGAGUAAAAUGAUCAUUGUUGUUUUAUUCUAUAAACUACGGACAACAUUUCUACCAAAUUCCAAAUAAAAAGUCAUUUAGAGCAUUUAUUUGCAGAAAAUGCGAAAUGGCUAAAAUGACAAAAAAUGCAUAUUUUCAGACCUCAAAUAAUGCAAAGAAAACAUUCAUAUUCAUAAAGUUUUAAAAGUUCAAAAAUCAUAAUUUGGUGGAAUAACAUUGGUUUUUAAUAACAGUUUUUAUGCAUUUUGGUAUGUUCUCCUCAAUCAGCCUUAUGCCACUCCUGUUGCAAAAAAGUGAUUGCUUGCGAUUAUCCAUCUCCCUCUUGAUUAUAUUUGAGUUUUUCAAUUUGGUAAAAUCAAAGAAACUCAUCAUUUUUAAGUGGUCUCUCUCUUUUUUUUUUACAGAGCUGUGUAUAAAGCUAUAUAUACUUAGCCUUAUUUCUUAGCAUUAUUCCUCACAGUCUGAUAUUAUAGGUCAUACAUUUUACACAGAAAAAAGCUUUGACUUUUUUUUUUUUUUUUUUUUUCAGACUUCCAAAUCCAUAAUCACUUUAAACACAGCCUAAUGUAGGCCUGUUUGGGUCGAUAGUGAAUUCUUAAACAGGGAUACCUUCUAUUAGCACACACUCAUCAUGAGUCCACAGUAACCGAACAACUGAGAAGUGUAUUUGUCUUCAUGUCCAGCUAAAUGUAUCGUCAGGAUACAUUCUGAGAUGGCAAACCUGCUGAACAAAAAUCUCAGCUCAAGACCAGUUUUUGCCAGGAUCUUGUUUUGGAUAGUUAAGCUGGUCAUCCUGAUGAAAACAUACCCUAUGCUGGUAAACGAAUUUGUUAGCCAGCUCUUGACCAGCAUAGUGUGUUACAUUUGAUUUUGGUCAACUUGAUCAUGUCUGUGGACCAGCUAAACAAAAACAAUACCCUAGCAUGCUGGGUUUUUUCCACAGGAAAAUAAAAAAAGAGCUGGCCUUGCUUUGGAAAAUUGAAACUGCCCCUACAUAUAUAUUAUUGCAGCUCUGUAGACACUGAUUUUACAGAAUACAUUCCACGUAAUGAAAAUCUGCUGCUUGCAUGCUGUGUAUGAAUGUGUGUGUGUGUGUGUGUGUGUGUGAUGGUGUGUGAGAAAAGCUUGGCAGUGUGCUUCAGAGUGAAAAUGACCAGCCUUGGCACGACACUAUGUAAACUAGUUAACUUAAAAUGACAUUUAGAGUAGCAUAAUAGCGUAGUGAGAAAAUAUUUAAAGCCUUUUGAUGGUUUGAAAAUAUUAUUUAUGAUAUUUGGUGUAAACGCAUAGUGUUUUCCUAUGGCCUUAAACUCCAUCCAUUUCUUUAAGGUGUUUUUGUUACUCAUUGUGUUUGUAUUUAGCCAAGUUCACCUGAAACUAGCAAAACAAAAAAGAAACUAUUUUUUUAAGGCUUCUGGGUUUAUUUAAAACACCAUCCCAUGAAUAUAUUGUUUUAUUGUCUUAGGACUUUUUUAAAUGUCUGAUAUCAUAAAAAAGUAAAUAAAGAAUGAACGAUUUGAACCAA